CAGAAGUGUCCUUCAAUCUACCCAUUUGUCAAUAGGGAUCAUAAGAUAUGACAAUUAAGCAUCCAAGGCAGACAAAGUGCAAGUGAAGAAGAGGAUAAUACAAAAAGAAAAAAAGUAAAUAAAAUGCAUAAAAGUAAAAGUUUAAAUAUCUGGGUUGCCUCCCAGAAAGCUGCCAUCUUUUAAUGUCUGCGGCUAGACUCGUUGUUCUGCUCAGGACAACAUGGAGAAUCCAUAUCGUACUCUUAAUAACCUGUGAUCACUCAAAACAACACUCCAAAACAAACCAAUAGCUAAUCACAAGGUCAAAGAAUUGGAUAAGGUCAAUCCACUUCUAGGCCACCACUCUUUGAUGGAACCAACUAUUCCUAUUGGAAGGAACGGAUGAGAAUCUAUAUCCGUUCCACCAACUUCCAAUUAUGGUUGGUCAUCAAAAACGGAGAGGAAAUCCCAAUGAAGAAAGUAGGAGAAACCACGGUUCCAAAAACUGAGGACGAGUUUGAUGCCGAGGACAUCAAGAAGAUUGAAAAUUAUGCAAAGGCCAUGAAUAUGCUAUAUUGCGCAGUCAACCCCGAUGACUACCGAAAGAUCUCCUGUUGCACAACCGCCAAGGAGAUGUGGGACAAGCUUGAAGUAACGUACGAAGGUACUGAUCAAGUACGGGAAGCCAAGAUCGAUUUUCUCACCCAAGAAUAUGAAAUGUUUCGAAUGAAGGAAGGUGAGAAAAUCGACGACAUGUUUGAUCGGUUCUCAAAAAUCAUAAACGAUCUUCAUGCUCUUAAGAAGACGUAUACCAACAAGGAUCUCGUAAGGAAAAUCCUCCGAAGCCUCACUCCCAAAUGGAGGUCAAAAGCCGAUGCAAUCUAUGAAUCCAUUGGAGUCUCCAACGUCACCAUCGACGGGCUAAGAGGUAAUCUUAAAACCUAUGAAUCUACUAUUCUAACCCCGUCUUUGGAUGAACAAAAGAAAAAGGGGAUAGCUCUCAAAGCCACCAAGGAACCGGUGGAAGAGGUUUCAAGCAAUGACGACAACAGAUUUGGACUCGUCAUCAAGAAGUUCCACAAGUUCAUGAAGAAGGAAUUUGAGCGGAAGGGAAGGAAGCACGACGGUCCUCCCAAGUGCUAUGGCUGUGGCGAGAUUGGUCACAUCAAGCCAAGGUGUUCAAAAGCCAAACACGGCAAGGACAAGCCCGACUUCAAGAAGCAAAGGGCUUACAUCUCUUGGGGUGGCGAUUCCGGCGACGAAUAAACCGACCAAGAGGAGGAAGAAGUUGCAAAUCUUUGCCUCAUGGCGCACGAAGAUCAAAACGACGACGUCCAAGAGGUAUGUACCAUUUCUUCCGACUCUUAUACUUUUGAAGAAAUGCAAGAAGCACUUCAUGAACUUUAUGAAGAAUUUGUUAGCGCUUCUAAAACAAAUAAAUCUUUGAAGAAACGUCUUUCUACACUUGAAAAUGAUUUUGAAAAAUUGGAAAAAUAAAAUGAAAUACUUAAACAAGA